GUUGUAUGGAAACCAAUCUGACAGUAAAUUAUGUUUAAUAUAGAAAAAUAAAAGUUCAAUGUGAACUUCCUUAUAAAAACUUUGAGCAAAGCACAUUUUUAAAAACAGAUGGUCAAUCACUAUUCUUGCUAUGUUUAUGAAAAUAAGUAGGACAAAUUUGUUAAAAAAUGGACUUAUUUUACAAAUGAAUUAAUUUUAAUUUUGCUACCUUCGACAGAAAUGAGGGUGCUUUUAGGGACAAAAAUUAAGUUUCAACAACACACCUUUCAUAGAUGUUAGAUUCUAGUUUUGAAUCUGAAUGUUUGUUUGCCUAUAAAAUCAGGCUGGAUCCUGAAUUCUUCUGGUUUCCUCAAGUGCCUGGCUAUGACUCUCCAAAUGAAGGUUUCCAGUUUUCUCCCAUUCUCUUGACCUGGAAUCACUGAGAACUAAAACUGCCCCUUUUUCUGAAGCCCUGCAGACUGAAACUAGACAACUUGAGGUUUGGAGAAUGUAUUUUUGUAAUUAGCCGUGUUGAUUUAAAGGAGCAGGUGGGAGAGAGGAGUAGACAUGCUGAAGGAGCUCCAGUUCUUCCUGUCGGCCGUCCUGCUGCUUGCCUGUGUCUUCUUCUACCAGCUCAGCCUGAAGUCCAGCUGUCUCUUCUCUUGCCUUCCUCCUCAAAAGGCCCAGCAAGACCCGGAAGCCCUCCUGGGCCAUGGGCAUGGCAUUGUGUUCAUAGAGACCUCAGAGAGAAUGGAGCCAACGCCUCUGGUCUCUUGUGCUGUGGAAUCUGCUGCCAAGACUUACCCAGAGAAGCCCGUGGUGUUCUUCAUGAAGGGUCUCAACACCACCACACGGCUGCCCUCAAACUCCACUUACCCAGCCUUUUCCCUCCUCUCAGCCAUAGACAAUGUUUUCCUCUUCCCUUUGGAUAUGAAAAGGCUGUUUGAAGACACACCAUUGUGUUCAUGGUACACUCACAUCAAUGCCAGUGUGGAGAGCAACUGGCUCCACGUCAGCUCAGAUGCGUCCCGCCUGGCCAUCAUCUGGAAAUAUGGCGGCAUCUACAUGGACACCGAUGUCAUCUCCAUCCGGCCCAUCCCUGAGGAGAACUUUCUGGCUGCACAGUCUUCUCAGUACUCUAGUAACGGGGUGUUUGGAUUCCUCCCCCACCACCCCUUCCUGUGGGAGUGCAUGGAAAACUUUGUCGAACACUACAAUUCAGACAUUUGGGGCAACCAGGGUCCCAGUUUGAUGACGAGGAUGUUGAGACUGUGGUGCAAACUUAGAGACUUCCAGGAGGUGAGUGAUUUCAGGUGUUUGAACCUGUCCUUCCUACACCCUCAGAGAUUUUACCCCAUCUCCUAUCCAGAGUGGAGGCGCUACUAUGAAGUCUGGGACAAAGACCUGAGCUUCAAUGACUCCUACGCCCUGCAUCUGUGGAACUACAUGAACAAUGAAGGAAGGACUGUGGUUAGAGGGAGCAACACGCUGGUGGAAAAUCUCUGCCGUAAGCACUGUCCCAGGACUUACAGGGACCUGAUUCAAAGCCCAGAGGGAUCAGUGACUGGGGAGGUGGGUCCAGGUAACAAAUAGAGCCCGCACUGGCUCUAUGUUAUAGAACUGGUUCCUGGAGUGCCAGUGUGCAGCUCAUGUCCACGUUCUCCAGGGGUGGGGGGGUUUACCCACGUAUCGCUUAGGCUCAGCUUUCUCUGUCUAUAAUACAAAAAUCCCAAAGACCAGUGGUGUAUAAAAUAUAAAAGCUUAUUUCUCUUUCAUGUAAAAGAAGUCUGAAGGCAGGCCAUUCAGAGGCGGGGGUGUGGUCACUGUGGUCAUUGGGGACCCAGGUUUCUUGCAUCUCUCUUGUUUGUUAUCCUUAGCGUCCAUAGCCCCUGGUCUAUAUGGCUGCUUGGUAUCCAGCCCAUUAUGUCUGCAUUUCAGGCAGCAGGAUGAAGGAAGGAGGAAUGUACCACUCCUUUAUUUUAUGAAAACUUCCUAUAAGUACUGUGAAACACUUGCCUUUACAUCUCACUUACUGCAAGAGAUGCUGAAAAAUUUAAGGAGGAAGAGAAGAAAGUGGGUGUUAGGAGAGGCAGCUAACGGUUUCGCUACCUGUUAAAUUUACUUCUGUAAGAUUAAUUUCAGCAAAAUGGACUAGGGACGAAGGGUCUUGAUUUCUGAUCCUGAGUUUGAUGUGAAUUCAGUCAAUGAAUAUUAACCAAGCCCCUUCUGUGUGCCACGCACUGAUUUAGUUGCUGAAAAUACUGCUGGAUCAAGCAGACAUGGUUCUGUCUUAGUCAGUUUGGGCUGCAGUAACAAAGUACCACUGACUGGGUGGUUUAUAAACAACAGAAAUUUAUUUUUCACAGUUCUGGAGGCUGGUAGUCCAAGAUUAGGGUGCCAGCACAGUCAGGUUCUAGUAAGGAUCUUCUUCUGGUGGCAGAGGGCACUUUAAUUGUAGAAUUCUCGUAUAGGGGAGGAGGUCAAGGGAGCUCUCUGGGGUCCUUUUUAUAGAGAAACUAAUCCCACUCAUGAGGGCUUCACCCUCAUGACCUAAUUACCUCCCAAAGGCCCCACUUUCUAAUAUUAUCACAUUGAGGGUUAGGAUUUCAACAUAUGAAUGUUUUUUAACAUUUAUUCAUUUUUGAGAGAGAGAGAGAGAGAGAGAGAGAGAGAGACAGAGAAAGAGACAGAGAGAGAAUGAGUGGGGGAGGGAGACACAUAAUCUGAAGCAAGCUCCAGGCUUUGAGCUGUCAGCACAGAGCCCAACAUUGGGCUCAA